GCCCAUUGGCUGUAUUAGAUGACAUAAAGAUGUACUACAUUCUGUUGGUAAAACGCCAGGCCUGCCUUCAUUCUAUGUUGGACCAAGCACAAAAAAUUCUAAGAACUUUGAAAAUGAAAGUGCAAAUCACAUUGAUGAUAUGUGCAGCUUUCUUACAAUUGCACCAGACUGAUAGUGAAUCAGCCAAGCCAUGCUCAGAAGAGAAUUGGGUUAAAUUUAAGGACAACUGUUACUUUCUCACAUCUGGGCUAGACUUUAGAGACACAGAGCAGAGAUGUAUGGAAUGUGAUGGGGACCUAGCCAGUGUACAUUCAGCCGACGAAAACACCUUCUUAUUCAAUCAGAUAAGCGGUCUUACAUUUAAAACGGUCAUUUGUAAAUACGUGAACACCUGUCCUCUAUAUUCAUACGACCAUUUCGCACUAUCACCGCCACCCACAGUCAAUGCUAGGUGUAAACUAAUAGUAUCUGAAAAUAUAAAAAUCUAAGAACACUUUUAGUUAAAAACUGUUUUUCCUGCCUCAAAAAAACGAUAUUUUAAAUAUUUUUAAGGAGACUGUAAUAUUUUUUAUGUUACGUGGCUUUGUAUUUUUCAAGUACUUUCAUAUUAGAAAUCGAAACACCAUCAUAGUUUUUUAUUUGUGGACACGGAAAGCUCUUUCCUAUUUUGCCGGUCUCUGUCAAUUUUCAGGAUAAACCUCUCAGAUACUCCUGUUUUUGUCAGUUGUUUCUCUGCUGAUCUAAAAGGCAACUAUGUUACAGGCGAACCGCCCGUUGACCGUAAGGAUCGAAAGGAUAGUUAAUUUCAAUUGCAAUCUCUCCGCCACAUGCAUCUUUAAUCUAUAUUUGAAUCUUGCCUUACAUGCUUCAUCACACAUACAUGUACACCAUUCAUACAUAUUUAAUCUCUGCACCUUCCACAAACAUCAACAUUGGAGGGAUGUCUUUACUAUGUACUUAUUUAUUAGACUUAUUUCGUCUAUGAAAGCAUCCUACAUUGAUAGCUGCAAUGUUUUGUUUUAAUGAACUGACCCCAACUUAUUUUUUUUAAAAUAAUAUUUCAUUAGCUAUAAAUAAAUAUUUAA